GACGUUGAAUGUUUUUUAUAUAAAGAAUUUUAAGAUUGAAAAUUCCAUUUUCAUUUGUAAUUUUGUUUGAAAAACACUUAUCUGUAUUGAAUUGACAAGACGACAACGAUGAAUUUCAUAAAGAUUGGUGAAUUUAAUAUUUGUUUUGAAAAAUUUGGUCAUGGUCCAAUUGCCGUGCUAGUUAUACCGGGCGCUAUUGGUACGGCCAAAAGUGAUUUCGAUAUUCAAUUUAAUCCAAAACAUUCUGGAUGCUUAGAUUUUGAACGUUUUACAUUCAUUUGUGUUGAAUUACCUGGCUGGGGCCGUUCAAUACCACCCGAACGGCCAAUUGGACCAAAUGUUCUUCAUGAUGAUGCUGAUCGUUGUGAUGAAUUGAUGAAGAAACUUGGCUACAAUGAAUAUUCAGUUUAUGGAUGGUCAGAAGGUUCAAAAGUUGCUAUUAUUAUGGCAAGAAAAUUUGGUGGAUCUCGUAUACGAUCGUCGAUUGUACAAGGAUUAAUGACAUUCCAUACGGAUUCAGCAUCGAAAAAUAUUAUGUGGUCACGUGACAUUCAAAAUUGGGAUAUAGAAUUAUUGCGUAAAUAUGAACAAGCAUAUGGCGAUGAUAUUGAUCGUGUAGAAGAUCUUUGGCAACGACAUAUUGAUUUGGCCAUCGAAAAUUAUGGCCGUUAUUAUCCACAAGGUCUUUUAGGACCAGUACAAGAUGGUUUACGAAAAAUUCAAUGUCCAACAUUAGUAUUACAUGGUGAUCGUGAUUUUUUUAUUGAAUUAAAACAAGCUGAACAUGUUGCCGCUAAUGUACCGAAUAGUCGUUUGAUUCGUUUUCCAAAUUGUGGUCAUAAUCUUCAUCAUGUUGAAUCAAUUAAAUUCAAACAAACGGUAGAAAAUUUUCUACUCGAUAAUAACAAUUGAAAUUUAUCAUCAAAAAGAUCUUUGUGUAUUCACAUUCAUAGAUAGAAUAUCUAACUAAUUAUUCAAAUGCAGAAAAUUAAACACAAACAAAUCAAUCAAUCGAGAAUAAAUGAGAAAAAUUCAUUUUAUUUU